AUGCCUGCAGCGGAAUGGAGAGUUAAUAAGGAAUUUUUCUUGCUGGUUGCAGCGCUUCUGGGCUCUAUCCUCCCGGGGACAACCAGCAGUGCUGAGACCCAAGACCGUUGGGAAAGCCUUCAGGAAGUUUUGCGAAUGACUGCAAACGCAGUCCAGAAACUGGAGGAGAGGUCGGCGCUGUGCAAAGUAAGUUUGUUUCUUUGCGCAGCCUGGGAGACGAAGGUAAACAAAGACCUUCCCAGUUGCUUUCCUGUGGAAAACGGCCAGGUAUGCCUGAGAGGCUAUGUUCCGGACGAAGCUUUGGACUUGCCGCGGCUUCAAAGGAACGCGGAUUUUCAUUUGGGAGAGUUCGACAGAGCAGAAGGGGACUUAGCAGCUCUUAUGAGCCAUUGCCGUGAGAGCGGCUUUGAAGAUUUGCUACAGGACAUGACCAUGGCUCAAAACGCUUUGGCUAUGGUUGUUGAUAAGCUGAGCGGCAGGACACUUCGUGUCUACGGACGCUUGGCAAAGCGCGCCUGCGGGUGGAUGGGGAAAGCAGCUAGCAGUGGUCCAUGGGCUUGCUUCGAGCAAAAACCUUUAGAGGUGAGGCUUCACCACUUGAAGCGCCACGAAAGUUCCAAGGGACACCAGGAGGCCAUCGCAAAACACCAAGGGGUUCAGAGCGCUGGCUUUGCGCCAGACCUGCAGCUGUUUCAAGACAGUUUGCAUCGCAUGCGCUCCGGCGGAAGUGCUCGUGAUGGCGGAGUUUAUUCUGACAAGAAGCAGCAAAUCAGAUGGUGCCUGGCAGAAGCGGUCAUGGACAAAGGGCGCCAGAUCUUGCGAGACGCUUCCGCCAUCGCAGUGACGCGGGACGAGCGGAAAGGACGACUCCUCAUUCGCUGGAGAGCAUGCACUCCCAAUCUGACAUCAGCUUCUGGAGUCUUGAGCUUUCAUCCUGUGGAUGGGUCAGCAGAAGAUCUUGCAGAAAGUACCAAGAAAGCUGUGCAAGAAUACUGUCGGCUUCGCAUUUGUUUGCCUCGUGGUUUUAAGGAUCCGCAGCCGGGAGAGGACGACCCAGCAGCGGAAGCAAACAUUAAGAACAAAACAGGCAUAUUAGUGACUGAUGGGGCGGCUCCCGAGGUGCUCGCAUCGGGCUUGCUAUCUGGCCGGCGGCCAUACGCCAAAAGCAGUUCGUGCGAGACAUACAUGGAAGGCGUGAAGGUCAUCAGCCGAGAUACACCACAUGCAAGCACCAGGCUUCUAAAGAGGCCAUUCAAAGCAAGUCCGGAAUUGGACAAGCUGAUGACCGAAUACGUCAGCGGCACAGAUUCCUUCGCACAGAAAGUCUUCCAUAGCCCCAUGCUGACAACCUGGUGGAAGGAAUUGGUGACUGAGGACAAUGACGGGCUCACCAGCAUGUGUGCUGCGAAGCAUCGUUUCGCGUCGUACUUCAUUCCUCUUAGCCGGAUUGCUCACAAUUUUCCCUCGGUGGUGAAACUGUGUCAGAAGGUCGCUAUCAUCCGUGCAUCUAGGGGAGAGUGGGCGUCUCACCUUUUGCAGCAGCUGUCUGGCAAAAAAUGUUUGCUCGUGGCCAUGGCUGCUGAUGCCGCAGCGAGCGUGCAUGAGCUGACUCGAAGUUUCGACGAUGAGUCUUCGGAUGUGAGUGAAACAAAUGCACGCAUUGAGAACUUUGCGCUGGGAAUUCAAGCGCUGUUUCAUUCAGAACGGGUGUUUGAAUUGCCUACAUUUACCAAAACGCUGUGCGAUUCUUUCGCGCGGUCUCCUUUGCAUUUUUUGCAUCACGGCAAUGUCAUGGAAAUUGCAAUAACGGAGCACGACAAGACGUAUGCGAUCAAGGUGAUGAAGGAAUGGACAUCCGUGACCUUGACGGUAUUGGAAGCGGAAUUUCCAGCUUGGCAUUUGCUCAGUGCUUUCGACGUCUUUCACUUGGGUGGAAAACGGGCAGAAACGAAGCGAGGUCUUGGGCAGGAGGAAGCUUUGAAGAAGCUGGCAAAGGUGUUUCAAGUCAACGAAGUGGAGCUGCGGACACAGUUUGUUUCCAUUCUUCCGACUGCCGAGGCGUUCCAGAAGAGGAGUGGCUUGGACAACCGAUCCACCUGGGCUAAUGCAUUGAAUCGCCUGAGCACAACUUCGCCAAUGAGACGGAAGUAUCCUGCAACCGCGCUCAGAGAGGUGGUGUCGCACUUCAUUGCCUGGACUGCAACUAGCUCUGGCUGCGAGCAGAUGUUCUCACAUCUGAAGCGCAGCCCAGCUGAACUUGCGAGUUCCAAAAUAGACACCGACCGAAGACUGGCAGUCGUGAUUGGAAGCGAUUCCCAAUUUGACCACGAAGUGCUCGAGCGCGCUCGAGACAUGUAUGGCAAGAUGCUGCGUUCUGGGCGCGCCCGGACACAACUGAGAGAAACCCGCGUAGAUGCUGGACGCGCUGGCUCGCAAAAAGACGGCUCUCACAAAGGUUGGAUGAGAAAGCGAAAGCAGGCGGUGGACAAGGCUGCGCAGGAAGAGGAGUUGCGAACACCACAACGACGAAGGCCUCCAGUGGAGCUGCCAGAAAGUUUGGCAAAAGAAGAGGCGAAGCAAAAGGCCUCGCUUCGAAAGCGUAAAACAGAGGCAUUUCUGGAAGGCACUCUGUUAGAUUCAGAAAUCACAGACGAUUUGAAGGACGAGGCAGAAAAAAGAAAGAAAGUCGACGAACAAAAUGACCGGCAACGCUGCAAGGCAUAUGCGGCUAUGACCAAGUCGGUCCAUGUGGCUAAGCAUGGAUUGGCUGCGAGAAGUGCAUUGCAGAACUUGCCUGUGCCUGCGUUCUUCUUGGAAGGCAUCACGGACAUACGGCAAGCACAGCUUUUGAUUGUGCCCUCUGCAGAGAAUCUAUCACGCACGAACAAACUGAUAGCAUCUCUUUUCGGUUGCGUGGUGCUCUCUGCAUCGAUCCUUCGGGGUCAAGCAGGCGCCAAGUUGUCCUACACUGCUGGACUUCGUCGCAAGGUGCGUGUCUUUGCAAGUGAUGCAUUUCAGCAGGAAGCACCUUCCCUGACGGUGGUCCUUCGCAACGUUUGCGAACGACCUGACUCCGAUUGGCAAGCGGUGUCCUUUCAGGAUGCGAGACGAAAGGAUGGUUGGAAAUGGGGCAUCGUCUUGCGGGGCGCAACGGAAAACGUGCCCAAGAACAACACAAAUUCCAAGAAACUGCUUUGUCUGACUGGGAACGGGUUAGUUGCCUGGGCAACGAGGGAGUUUGCCCUUCCUACGGGAAGAUAUGGAAGCGAAUUGCUCGCUUUGCGGUUGUUGGGGCUGCAGAAAAAAGCUCAAUUGAUAAUGACUUGUGAGAGUUGUUCCAAGAAGCGCGCAUUGCACGAUGUCAUGGUCAAAAUUUGCGGGUUUGACCCUAGUCGAGAGGAUUUCCAAGAUAUCUUCCGGAGAGAUAACGCAUCGGCACCUCGCGCAGAUUUGUACAUCGCCGGGUACCCCUGUCCGAGCUUUUCGCGGAUGGGGAAGAGGGCAGGUACAAAGGAUGUACGGGGUAUGGUAACCCUACAGGGCUUACUGUACAUCGCUACCAAGCGUCCACGGACGCUGGUUUUGGAGCAGGUUGCUGCUUUGAUGCAAGAUAAACAGCAUAGACAGGUGUGGACCUUUCUUCAAAAGGUUCUGACAGCCCUUGAUUACACCUUUGCUUAUGACAUUGUCAAUACAAGACACAUGGGAAUACCGCAGAGCCGCCCGAGACUCUACCUCUUCGCGGUAUGCCGCGAAUCUGUGACUGGACCCUUGUCAAUGCGAACGGCAAGGGAACAUCAUCCUGACUUGCACACGUUCAUUAACAAGAGUUUAGUUGGCAACGAGAAACUGCAAUUGCCAACUUACGAACAGAAGUUGGGCAAGGCCCUUUGGCAGCAAGGUGUGCCAGAGCAGGUUGUCACUGCUUUGCUGGAAGGUGCUAAAAGUCUUCCAAGCCGGACUGUGCACAGCUCCUUUGGCAUCAUGGCCGUUUCCAAGGAAAGCCGCGACAAGGCGCCAGUGACGCCUGAGGGACGUCCUCGAGAUCGGUCUCAGAGCGAGGAAUCUCGCGAUGGACCGGGCCGGGAGGAACGCGCCAGGAAAGAUGACGACCCAGAGCGGCGCCAUCGGGACAACGACGACGACAGACGCCGUGCAGACGACGACGACAAGCCUGAGGGCAGAGAGGCGUCUGAGGAUGUCAGGGCUGCCAAGGAUAAAUAUGGCAGCAACGUCUGUGAGACGUGUAAAAAAGAAGUCCGUGGUGGCAAAGCCGGCAUGAGGCUGCACGCAGAGACCAGUAAGUUUCACUGGCAAUGUGUUUACUGGCAGCGCGGCAUGCCGUGGGAGCAAGCCAAAGCACGAGCCGCGCGCGAGUGA